CGGUCCGACAUAGAGUUACAUAAACAGAACUGAAACACUGUACACUUCAAAAAAAAUAUUUGCCGCAGAAUUAUGAACAUUUCCACAAGAUUUGGAGCGAAGUUACCUCUUUUAAGCAAUCUAGUUCCUAUCAGAGGUGCUAUUUAAUCCACAGUUUAAUUAGGUGCCCAAGUUGGGGUUCUUGCCGUUUUCGCAUCGCAAGAGGGGAUUUCGAACUGGGUUUUCGAAGAAAAUGGCUUUGAAUGUUGAAAAAUACGAUGUUGGUGUCGAGAACAAGUUGGAGUUGAUUCGUUCUGCAACGGAAUCUAAUGCUGAUGAAGCCAUUGAAGCUCUCAAAGCUGGGAAAGUUAUUGCAGUGCCUACUGAUACACUAUAUGGAUUUGCUUGUGAUGCUUGUUCUUCUGAAGCUGUAAAUAGGAUUUACGACAUCAAAGGCCGCAAGCAUACCAGUCCUCUUGCGAUCUGUGUUGGGGAUGUUUCAGACAUAGAGCACUUUGCUGUCACAGACCAUUUACCUCACGGCUUACUCGAUUCUCUCCUGCCGGGACCAGUCACCAUUGUACUAGGGCGAGGUGAAUCUAGCAUCCUUGAGAAGUCCUUGAACCCGGGAUUAGACAGUAUAGGAGUGCGAGUCCCGGACUCUGACUUCAUUAGGAUCAUUGCCCGCGGUUCCGGAAGUGCACUGGCUCUUACUAGUGCUAAUCUAAGUGGGCAGCCUAGUAGUGUGAGCAUUAAGGACUUCGAGAACCUUUGGGAACACUGUGCAUAUGUAUACGAAGGUGGUGUGCUACCAGCAGGUCGUGCAGGAUCGACAGUUGUUGACCUCACUAAGCCGGGAAAGUAUCGGAUUCUUAGACCUGGAAGUGCUAAGGAAGAAACUGUUGCUAUCCUCGAAAAUUAUUCUCUUCUUGAAGAAGUGCUGAGCGGUUGAAGUCCAAUUUCCGUCGACCAUUGUAUUUUAUGUCGUCUAAACAUAUUCUUAAGUUCUAUUAGAUUCCACUUGAUGCAAUUUCGGAUUUCAAUUCGAGUAGCUACCGAAUAGGACAGUUUGUAUAGUCAUUACAAAUAAGCUUGUAUUACAUUUUUUCUGGCAUAUUGUCCGGAUUCCGAUUAUUGAACGACAUGGUAUGCUUUAUUUACUUCA